GCUCAAGGCCGCGAGGCCAAGCGCGUUUUCCACUUUACCAGAUGAUCUAAUGAUCCAACUGUUUCCUUCCAUGAUCAGGGUCCUGGCCCUGUUUACCGCCUCGAGCACUGCGUGCACAACAAGCACUGAUUCCUCGUGCACACCAUCAGGUCCGGUCGCUGCCCGGCAGCUGCUGCAGACCAUCCCGGCGGUGCUGGGCCGAGAAGACCAGGCCUCGCACCUGGACACACAGAGCCUCUCGGAUGGCGUGGCCUUGCGCCCGCACGAGGGAGGCCCAGCGGAUGUGAUCCAAGUCGACGUUGCGCUGAAGGCCUUCUUCGGAGCAGAUUUGCACAACGAGGCGUGGGAGGGCGAUCUGGUGCUGAUGCUUUCCUGGCACGACCCGCGCGCGGCAGGGCUGGUUCCAAAGGAGCAUCAAACUCGCACUCUGAGCCAACAGCAAGCCCAAAAGCUGCUGUGGACACCUGACGUGGAGGUCACGAACAUCGAGCUGGACGGCUUUCAAGUGAUCUCCACCAGCUACGUGGUAUCUUUGGACGGGGUGGUGAACAAGACCCAGCGGGUGCUGGUGAAGAUCAAGGAAGACUUUGACGGAAAGCAGUUCCCUUACGACGAGCAGGCCUUAAAUGUGCGCCUGGCCUCGACCUCUUACAUGGUGGAUGAUGUCCAGCUCGUUGCUGCACCCGGCACGAACCUCACAAACCCAGGAGCCGAGGUGUUUGACCACUCCGACUGGACCUACUUGGGCCAUGGUCUCACGGUGUUCGAGGAGAUGACCGGAACUCUGCGCAAGAGCCGCGCUCAGUUCCAGAUCCAGCUGAAGCGGGAUGCCACACCCUACCUGAGCUACACCAUCUUUCCGGAAAUCAUGAUCGUUGUCCUCUCGUACACGGUCUUCCUGUUCCCUGUCACCCCCGCCUUCGCAAUGCCACGGGUUUCCUCGGCCGUCAUUGCCUUCUUGUCGAUCUUGACCAUCAGCACGCGCACCACUGCCAUGCUACCAGAAGUGCGCAGAGGCCUGGUCUGGAUGGAGCUCUUCGAAGUGACCUGCAAGAUGCUUCUCUUCUCGGUGAUUCUGCUCAACAUCCUGGUCGAGAUGGUGUUCCACACUUGGCAGCAGCCAGAGCUGGCCGUGCAGCUGAUCAAAGAGCUGCGAUUGGGCUUCCCGGUGGUGGCGGGGGUGUCGAUCGCCGCGUGCUGGCGAGCCGCGGGGACGCGGCUGGAGCUGUGCUGCCAGCUGCAGCGCUGCGGCCUGCUGCUGGUGCUGGUCAUGUUCCUGAUCUCGGUGAUCCGGCGCAGCCGCAAGUAUGCAGCAUUGCAAGAGAAGUGAAUAGCUCAUGGAUGAUAGCAGGACUCGGUUGUCCAAAGCCGACCUUUUGACCUUUUGGUUUUCCCAUUUUGGUCCAUUUUUAGUAGAGGUGCCAAAAGGUUAACCUUUUAGUUCUGGGUCCUUUGGGCAACUGAGAGGAAGCUUCUUCAGAACUCAAGGGCGGCAGACUCGCUGCUUCAGAACUCAAGGGUGGCAGAUUCUUCCCCUUUGGCCUGCCUCCCAUGUAACCAUUGACAGCCACGUGCUGAAUGGCCAUGCAAUCCAAAAGUCAUUCCUUCUGCCAGCAAGGCAGGAAGGUCACAGGUGUUUAGCGCAGCUCUUCGCAAAGAUGUAUGCUGCCAUUGUGAGCAGAUGGGCGGA